AUGCAGACUGUGUUUGACCGCAUAUCCUUCAGACCGGCAGUCAACCUGAGCAAUCCCACCAUAACAAACAUCUCCUUCACUCUGUAUGCUGUCCUGGGCGUGAAUGAGAAGACCCAGAUCCUCACUACCUUCCUGUGGUUGCGAUUGUACUGGCACCAUCAGUUCCUGGUUUGGGACUCUGAUGCUUGUGGCGGAGUCACCAGGAUUUCUCUGCCAGUCAAAGAGCUCUGGGUGCCUGACAUCAUCGUGUAUGAGUUUGUGGACGACGACGUGUCACAGCAAUGCCCCUACGUCUACGUCAACCACACAGGCCACAUCCGCUGGGACAGGAUGCUGCGCCUCGUCAGCGCCUGCAACCUGGAAAUCUUCAGCUUCCCCUUCGAUGUGCAGAACUGCUCGUUUACCUUCGGCUCCUACAUGCACACCAUAAAGGAUGUGAGGUUGACUCCAGCCCUGUCCUUUGAGGAGAUGUCGGGGAACUCGAAACAGUACCUGGAGGCUAGUGGGGAGUGGGAGCUGGUCAACAUCUAUGGAGAGACGUCUGUCCUCAAGUUUGGCAUCGACGAAUGGGACAUCAUCACUUUCUGGGUGGUGAUAAAGCGCAGGCCAGUGCUCUACGUGGUCAACCUGCUCAUCCCCAGUUCCUUCCUCAUGCUCAUCGACAUCCUCUCCUUCUACCUGCCCCCUCACAGCGUGGACCGCGCCUCCUUCAAGAUGACCCUUAUUUUGGGCUACACCGUCUUCCUGCUCAUCAUGAACGACCUGCUACCCAGCACGGCCAACGGCACCCCCCUCAUAGGAAUUUACUUUUCAGUGUGUCUGGCUCUCAUGGUCAUCAGCCUAUUGGAGACAGUCGUCAUCACUAAUGUGCUCCAUUCCAACUCCAAGAAGUACCGCGAGGUGCCCCACUGGGUCCGUGUGGUCAUCCUGAAGCACAUCGCUCGUAUGAUCUGCUACCAGUGGCCCGAGGAGCUUGUUCAACCCUCAGCCUCCAGAGGAUCCACCCAGGAUGACAAGACAGACAGACCAAACCCCACAAGCCCUCCCUGGGUCCUUGCACCAGCCAACCCUGUGCACAUCCCUGCCCAGCACACUACAAGCACCAUUGGUCCUGGGGUGGUGUCCUCUGUGCCUGAGCUGCGUCAGAUCUGCCAGGACCUGAGUGACUUGCGUGCCCACCUAACGUCGAUGCAGAAGGAGGGCGUGCUUCAGGAACAGUGGUGCCACGUAGGCUACGUACUGGACUUCCUGCUCUUCCGUAUCUACCUCCUCCUCAUCUCCUGCUACGCCAUGGUCAUUAUCUGUAUGUGGUGCAUCUGGAUCAACCAAUGAGAGACCAAAAGGGUGCAUUUGUUUUAGCUUGCCCAUUCCAUUGGUCUGAAAGUGACCUCAGAUCACCUCAGGCAGUGGGGCGAACUAAAACAAAUGCACCCAGAGAGAGAAGAAAUAAGGGGGGGGGGGGGGGUGAGACCAAUGCAAUGUAUAAAUCUCCGAUUUUUUUAUUUUUAUGUAGUUUUAAUUUUGUGAAAAAUCAAGUAAACCUUUAUUUAACUAGGCAAGUUAGUUAAGAACAAAUUCUUAUAUUCAAUGACUGCCUAGUGGGUUAACUGCCUUGUUCAAGGGCAGAACGGCAGAUUUUUACCUUGUCAGCUCGGGGAUUCGAUCUAGCAACCUUUCGGUUACUGGCCCAACACUCUAACCACUAGGCUACCUGCCUGCCGCCCCUACAGUCAUAUGCCCCUACAGUCCAUGUAGGCUUACUACAUGUUAUUUAUCUGAUAUACCUGUGGAGAUUUUAGUGAAACGCUACCAUGUUCACCAAGAAUAACACCCCACUGAAGGUUUAGAAGCCCUGAGGUCUGAAGGUUUAGAAGCCCUGAGAGGUCUGAGGGUUUAGAAGCCCCAAAGGUUUAGAAGGCCCGAGGUCUGAGGGUUUAGAAGCCCCGAGGGUUUAGAAGCCCCGAGGGUUUAGAAGCCCUGAGGGUUUAGAAGCGACGAGGGUUUAGAAGCGACGAGGGUUUAGAAGCCCCGAGGGUUUAGAAGCCCCGAGGGUUUAGAAGCCCUGAGGUCUGAAGGUUUAGAAGCCCUGAGGGUUUAGAAGUCCUGAGGGUUUAGAAGUCCUGAAGGUUUAGAAGUCCUGAGGGUUUAGAAGUCCUGAGGGUUUAGAAGUCCUGAGGGUUUAGAAGCCCCGAAGGUUUAGAAGUCCUGAGGUCUAAAGGUUUAGAAGUCCUGAGGUCUGAAUACACAUUUUUCAUGAACAAUAAACUGAAGGACUCUUGACUGAAAGAGCUGUGUUCUGUGUGUGUGUACACACCAGCCCUUACUAUGCCAGUCCUCAUUACCCACAGGGCUCAAUUAACACUUAAGCCUGCGAAGCUGUAAAAUAACAAAAUGGAAAACAGCUAUAAAUACACCUCCUAA